UGAACGCACAGAUACAGUAACAGACUGGACAUUGUUUACCUCAGUGCGUUUUUAAUUGUUUUAUUGCGCACUUUUUAGUUUUUCUUGUGAUGUCGGAGGUUGUAGGCUAUCCAUAAAGAGUUUUCCUUGCAGUGCUGGCAGACUUUGUGCUUUGCCGACAUAUAAACGAGCGGAAUCGUGUCCGCCAUACAAUCCUGCAGCUGCGCGCCUUUUGAUAUAUGAGUGUCUUCAGGAUUCAAAUAUACUAACUUACGUUACAGCAGCAAGUUGGGGAACUAGACAGUAUUAAAGCCAUGAGUAGCAGAAAAGAUGAUGAUAACCUCCUGAGAAUGACAAAGGAUGACCUGCAGCGCUGGAUCCAGGCAGAGGUGGACCGAAACCCUCAUCUGAUGCAGAGACGUGAACAACUGGCGCAGGUGGAGGACUGGGUGAAGCAGAAGGAGAGGGAAGCCACUUACACCCACCUUCUGUACAGCAAUGCCUGCGAGUCAGUCCAUGAGUGCGAGUCAGUGAUGAAGGGUCUUUAUGGAAUGCUGGGACUGGAAUACCGAGAUGAAGAUUCGGAGGAGGAAGGAGGAGGAGGAAGAGAACCACAGGACGUCAUUCAUAUUACAGAUGACGAGGAGGAUAAGCAGGAAAAUAGUGUGUUAAAUGGAGAUGAUGACGAUAUUGUUGUCAUUGAUCUGGGAGCCACCAAAGAAACCUUGGAACCAAUGCUUGAAAAGGUGACAGUGGCCAUUCAGAAGUCGUCCAGACUCGUUCAGGAUUUAGUCCAGAUGGUAAACAAAACUUCCUCCAUGAGUGCUGCAUCACCAUCAUCAUCAUCUGACGUCUCUAACAGACCCUCGUCAGCCUCGACCUUUGAGACCAGCCGUUCUGAAUCUGUCACACCAAAGCUGGAAGUACCUGAAAACCCUAUUGCAAAAGUUAAGACCGAAUCUCUACCGAAAGUACCUGAAAUGCCCUCACUUCUCAGCAAUUCAGAACAAUACAAACCUAUUGCCGGUUAUAAGUCAGAUUCUAAACCAACAAUUAAGACUGAACCACAACUGACAGCAUUAACCCCUUGGGAAAUGAGCAUUUCAAAACAACAUGAAACUUCUGCUACUCUUAACUCUCCAUCCUUAAAAUUAAUUAAGACUGAACCUCAGUUGACAGCAGUGAGUCCUUCAGAAACACCAGAAACCUUUGCCAGUCCUCAUUUUGGAUCCAUAGCAACAAUAAAGACCGAGCCUCAGUCGACGGUGAUAAAGUCAGAAAUGACUUCGCCUCCAAGCACUUCAAAACCUUUCAAAAUUGCAUCCAUUGCAUCAAUUAAGACUGAACCUCAGCUGAGAGCAUUAACUCCUGAAAUGUCUUUGCUUGAACGUGAUUCAGAAAAGUCAAGCAGUCUUCGUUCAGAUCAUGAAGCAACAAGUAACACUGAACGUACGUUGCCGGCAAUGACUUAUGAAAUUCUGAAAACUAGUGCCUGUCCUUAUUCAGCAUCUGUAGCAUCAAAGAAGACUGAUCCUCAAGUGCCACUAGUGACACCUUCAGAAAUGUCUUCACCUUCAAGCAGUUCAAAACAAAUGGAAACUGCUGCCAGUGAAAAUACAGCAAACGUAGAAACAAACCAGACUGAGCCGGAGUCGACCACAGAGACUCCUCCUGAAUUGGCAUCAUUGCUGAGCAAUUCCGAAGAAGCUGAAACUAAUGCCAGCCAUGAUUCGGAUUCCACAGAUGAGACCGAACAGCCAAAACCAAGGAGCAAAUCUGACAAACCCUCUGUAACGGAGACAAGUCCAACGACUAGGCUGAGAUCUUCAAAAAACAAUGCGCCUGUCAGCAGCACUUCCAGCCCGCAAACGGAAGCAACAAGAGGGCAAACGCCUGCCGAUAGUAAUGAUGAACUCUCUGACACCGAGGACCUCUCUGUUAGUCCUGCUGACAGUGAUUAUGAACCCCCUGAGUCCGAGUCAUCGUCAGACAGUGAUUAUGAACCCCCUAAAUCACAAUCAAAGUCAUCGAGAAACGGUGAUUUUGAACCCCCUAAAUCACAAUCAGAGUCAUCGAGAAACAAUGAUUUUGAACCCCCAAAAUCACAAUCAGAGUCAUCAAGAAACAAUGAUUUUGAACCCCCCAAAUCACAAUCGGAGUCAUCGAGAGACAGUGAUUAUGGACCCCCUAAAUCACAAUCAGAGUCAUCGAGAGACGGUGAUUAUGGACCCCCUAAAUCACAAUCACAGUCAUCUGUCGAUAAUACUGAUGAUGCCAGCAGCAGUGAUGCUUCUGCAGAACCUUCCAGUCCUGACGGAAGCUACAAGUCUUCAUCCAGUGAGUCCUCCAAGCAACAAGAACAUAAAGAGAUAAAACUUAAAGUUGGCAUGGUAGUUUUGGGGAAAAGGGCACACAACUUGUGGCGUAAAGGAACAGUACAAGAAGUCCAAACAGAAGAGGAUGGCCUCAGAUAUAAGGUGGAGUCUAAAAGUGGUAAAGAGAUUGUGCUGCCUGCUUAUCAGGUGGCCUCUCUGCAGCCUCCCAUACUUAAGGAUUUGUUUAUUGGCUGUCGUGUUGUGGCCAGCAGCAUAGAUGAUGAAGGAAAGGCCUCGUUUAAUGCUGCCGUAUUGGUCGAGCUUCCUGAGCGCAAGAAUCGCAUGAGGUUCUUGGUGUUUUUUGAUGAUGGUCAUGCAGCUUACCUGGCACUUCCAGACCUUCAUAUUGUCUGCAAACAAUUGAAAAAGGUGUGGAAGGACAUUGAGGAUGAGAAAUUGCAGUUACAGGUGAAGGAAUAUCUUCGUGUCUAUCCCAACCCCAUUGCUGUGGUGCUUCGCGCGGGGCAAGACACUAAGGCGAUACGGAAUGGCAAGUUUGAGACCUGCACGGUUCUCCAAUUGGAUGGCAGCCUGAUCCAGAUCUGCUUUAAGAAAGACAAGCAGAAAGAGUGGAUUUAUAAAGGCUCAGACAGGUUGGAGCACAUUGUAAAUAUCAAGCAACGUCUGGCUAAAGAUAAACCGCAGAAAAAACCUCUACAGAAAACACAACAUAAACCACAACAACCGUCUCAACAGAAAGCGCAGCAACAACAACCUCAACAGAAAGCGCAACAAGCUGUUCAACAGAAACCACAACAGCCAUCUCAACAGAAAACGCAACAGCCUGCUAUAUCAGCAGGAAAUGCCACGCCUCAGCACAGCACAACUCCCUCCUCGACAGCAGUUCCCUCAGCGACUGUUACUUCAACGACUGUCACCGCAACAGCUGUAUCUCCUGUGCGGGUCACCCGACAAUCUGAUACAGUCAUCAAAACAUCAUCUGUUAGCCCUCAAAAUAUCAUGUCGGCUGCUUUCCAGCCAAAGGUCAUCCUCCAGAGGUUGACAAUGCUUUCACCUGUCGUACGAGCUGUCUCAAAUUUAAGAAGUGCAAAACGACCUGCCUCUGAUGAGGAAGAAGAGUGUGUUUCUGAGGAAGAAGAUUGUGUUUCAAUGCAACACCAGUACAAGUCCAUAUACUUGCAUCAUCGCUGUUGUCCAGCAUGUCUGGAUGGGCUGAGACCGUCUCAAGUCAACAUGCAUCAAGGUCAAAAUCCACUUCUUGUACCACUGCUUUUUAAGUUUCGGCGAAUGACGGCUAGAAGGCGCAUCGAUGGAAAGGUGUUUUUCCACAUUUUCUAUCGUUCUCCGUGUGGGCGGAGCCUGUGCGACAUGCAGGAAGUGCAGGAAUACUUGUUAGAAACACGUUGUGACUUCCUUUUCCUGGAGAUGUUCUGUAUGGACCCAUUUGUUCUUGUGAAUCGCUCCCGACCUCCUUCCACAUCAACCGGCAAGCCUCACCUCUACCUGCCGGACAUAUCAGAGGGCAGAGAGGUGUUGCCGGUGCCCUGCAUUAAUGAAGUGGACAAUACGCUUGCUCCUAACAUCAGUUACACCAAAGACAGAGUUCCAGCUCCGGGUGUUUCAGUCAAUACAAGCCCAGAUUUUUUGAUCGGCUGUGACUGCACAGAUGGCUGUCAGGACAGGUCAAAGUGUGCAUGCCACCAGCUGACCGUUGAGGCUACGUCCCUAUGCAGUGGAGGUCCAGUGGAUAUUAGUGCUGGAUACACACAUAAGAGAUUGCCAACCACCUUGCCAACAGGGGUGUACGAGUGUAACCCUCUGUGCCGUUGUGAUCCGAGAAUGUGCAGCAACAGGCUGGUUCAGCACGGGCUGCAGCUGCGGCUGGAGCUCUUCAUGACACAGCACAAGGGAUGGGGCAUCCGCUGCAGAGAUGAUGUGGCCAAGGGCACUUUUGUGUGUGUUUUCACUGGUAAAAUAGUAAACGAAGACCGAAUGAAUGAAGACGACACAGUGUCUGGCAAUGAAUAUUUGGCCAACCUUGACUUCAUUGAGGGUGUGGAGAAACUGAAAGAGGGUUAUGAAAGCGAGGCGUACUGCUCUGACACAGAGGUCGAAACCAACAAGAAGACCAUUAAAAUGAAAACGGGGCCAUUAUGGAAAAACACUCUCUGCCAAGAAGACUCCAGCAGUGGUGAAGAAAGAGAAGAACUUAUGGAGCUGGACACAGAACAAGAGGAAACCGAAGUGAAUCACAUGUCCUUCGGUGAGAGAAAACUAUCCCAUAAGCCACAUGAAACAUAUAAAGAUGCUCAGAAGAAAGUGACCAAACAAAUGAGAGAGGACGGUGAAGAAACCUCCGGUCCAAAGCGUUGCUUUGCCAUAAAGUCAUUCCAGAGAAGAGUAAAACCUCUAGAAACCUUGGACGCAAAGAAUGAGAAAACGAGGACAGCUGUAACUGGCAAGAACACCCGCAGACUGUUCAACAGCGAGGAGACCUGUUACAUCAUUGACGCGAGACAACAGGGCAACCUCGGCCGCUUCAUCAACCAUAGCUGCAGUCCGAAUUUGUUUGUUCAGAACGUCUUUGUCGACACACACGACCUUCGGUUUCCAUGGGUGGCAUUCUUCGCCAGCAAGCGCAUCAAGGCGGGUACGGAGUUGACGUGGGAUUAUAACUAUGAGGUUGGCAGUGUGGAGGGGAAGGUUCUGCUCUGCUGCUGUGGCUCUUUGCGGUGCACAGGAAGGCUGCUCUGAUAUACUGCUUUCAACAAAAAACACUACAACUUUAAUAGAGGUGUUAUCAUUGUAAACAGUCUUACCAAGCCAUCAGAAACAUAGUUGUGGCACUGUUCUGGAAGAGCAUUCCAGUCAUGACCCAUUGAAUAUGAGAAGUAUAAGAUCUAUAUUAAAGUUUGUGUCAUUGCUUUUUAGUUUUGUUUGUUUUUAUUAUUUUUAACCUUUACACGAAAUGUUAAUAGUCACUUAAUAAAUGUAAAUAAAA